CCAAGCUACGGCUUAAGCUUAGGUAACUUCUACCUUGCAUGUAUUGUACAUAUGUACCUCCUAACCUAAAUUCUCUUACUUCCUGCUUGCGACAGCUACUUGCAUUAUACCAAAUUGAUUUCCUCUCUGUACAUACCUACCUACAUAUACUAUAUGCGCCUAUAUACUAAUCUCGGUACAUAAUCCAAUUGGCCGCUCGUAAAUCCCUUAGGUACCUCCUACACAAUGCCUCCUACAUGUAGACCUCGCUUAAAACCAAUAUAUACCUUGCGCUUCCUAUCUCCAGUCGUCUGCCGACAACCCGCACCCCGAGCAGAAUCCCUUACCUCCUUCAGUAGCAGAUACUCGAGUCGCAAUUCCUCUACCGCGACGAAGCCGGUCUUACCCCCGCUCCCGCCUAGUAAAUGGUACUCGGACCUCAAAGCGCGAAUCGGAAGAUGUAUCAUGUUCGGCUGCACCCACGACCAGGCGCUACACGCCGCCGCCAUCCUGCGCGUCCUCGGCACGGAGUGGCGCGAGCUAAGCGCCGGUGCCGAGGGGUUUCUGACGGGCGGGCAUAGGGGACUUGAGAACCAGCAGGUUGUGUGGGGGGAGAUGGACAGUUUUGGCCAUGUGAAUAAUACCAAUUACAUCCGGUACGCCGAGUCUGCGCGCGUCAACUGGAUCAUACACUUCGCGAGCGUAGACCCGGGGAACGGGGCGCAGUGGAGGGAGCUUAUGACGCCGAAGGGGACGGGGUUGAUCAUGAAGUCGAUUAAGGCCGAGUAUAAAUUCCCCAUGACCUACCCAGACACCAUCUCCGCGUACCACAAGCUGCGCUCGCAGCCCUCAGCUACCGACACCUCGCUCGUGCUCGACUGCGUCAUUCUAUCGCACCGGCACCGGCGCGUCGCCGCGCGCACCGAGGAAGAUAUCGUCAUAUACGACUACGGAGCCGCGCAGAAGAGUUCGGUCCCGCCCUUCGCGCUCGACGCGUUCCAAGACGUCUGGCGUCGGCAGGAAGGGGAGGCGCGGACGGCUAGGCAGCGCAUAUGGGAGCUUGUGAAAAAGGUCGAGGGGCUCGAGAGGGAGACUUGGGAUAGGCCGGGUGCGGUGGAGGAUAUGGGGGGUAAGGGGGGUGUUGAGAAAGAUGAUUCUGGGAUAGAGGAGGUUGCAAAAGAUGAUGUCCAAAUUAUGGAUGUUAAAAAGGGGGUCGAAAAGGAAGUCGAAAAGAGCGAUGCACUUCCCAGUACAGUUGUUAAUAAGAUACACUCGUUAUUUUGAUUUUCUCCUUGAGGGAAGUAUUGAAGAUGGGAGGGACUGGGUAUCGGAGGGAACAUAUGUAGAGAAAACCUAUGUGUUCCCUUGAGGUGUUAUCAGGCGGGUUGCGGGUGGCGACGUCGUUUCCAGUUUGUACGACUUCAUGGCUAUAGCAGUCGUCGUACUCCCAGCAGCAUCAGAUAUCCUAGAGAUUUCAGGCGUGUUUCUCGCUUGAAUUUUCUGAUACGAAGAUAGUAGACAUGAUAGUAGACACUUAGAAGCUUGUGCCUUGUCAUACUACCAGAUAGGGGUUAUAUAAUGAUAUAGACAUAGGUACGAUAAUGCGAAUAACUAUUAACCUCG